CUGGCCGCAGUCUCUGCAGCGCGGGUUCGGUCCCGGCCGCUGGCGAGAAUCCCACAUGGCGCGGCAGACCUCUCCUGUCGCGCCAGCUGCUUCCCUCAGCAGUGUAUUUCAGUAGAUCUGCCUGUUCUGUUCCCCGCUCUGUCUCUGGUGAAUCCUCUCGCCCUCCCAGCAUCUGGCCUGUACCCCUGUUCUUGUAUAAAAAUAAAUCUUAAAGAGAGAGAGAGCGGGCGCGGGAGAGGAGCCACCCGAGUGCUGGGAAAUCGCAUUCUCCUGAUAAAUACUGCACCCCGAGUGCGAGUGCGGGCCCACUGCUCCGUGACAGGUGGCUGACGUGGGUAGUUAAUACUGUGCGUGCAUCUAGAUUCAUUUUGCACACUCUUUUGGUCUCUCACAAGGGUCAAAGUCUUUCGAAAGUGUCAGAUGUAGGUUAGCGGUAAACACCCAGCAAACAUUCAUUCUGUCCCGCCUCUGCCUUUUCAGAUUUUUUAUGAACCCAGAAAACACCAAAUACAGCUUUGCAGUUCAAAGGAGAAUUAUUCAAGAUAAAUGCCCACAUGUCCAAAAAAAAGUGGCAAGAUAACCAAAUGAUUUGGGAAUUGUUGCAAGAGCAAGCUGUUGGGAUUUGAGUUCCCAAUAGUUCUAGGAUUCUUCUUAAUGCCUCCCCCUCCUGUGUGCUUGGCUCUGAGCCUGAAUCUCAUCUACGGAUGUAAAGCUGACCCAGAGCUAGUUUUCAGUAAAUUGUAGCCUAGUUAGUAUUACAAAAACAAAUUAGAAUCAGCUUAAGCAAAGGGAUGACAUUUAAUUUUAAUAACAAGAAAGAAAAAACUGAGUAAUUCUUUACUUUUCCCAUAUUUUUUGAACUGGUAAAAUACACAUAAUGUAAAAUUUACUAUUUAAUCUUUUUCAUCUAAAAACCAUUUUAACCCUGUUAGUGAACAAGUCAAUGCCAUUAAGUACACUCACAUUGUGCAAUUCUUGCCACUACCCAUCUUUUCAUCUGUAGGGUAAGUAAAGGAAUCAGGCUUUUCCACCCUCCCGCCAUUAGAUUAAUGAUCCCUGUGGCCCUAAGUGUAUGCCUGAUGGCGGAAACCUGGAGUAGGAUGUGGGCAGGCAUAGGUGGGUACACCUGGGCUGAGACUGUGUUUUUAAGGGCUGCAUCACCGGAAGCAGAACCAGCAGAACACCAGAAGAGAACAAGCAAGAGAACUGAACUGAACCAGCAGGAGAGUCCAGAAAGAGUGAAGACUUGCUGGGUGCUGGGAGGCCUGCCAGCCUCCUGGCUGCCCCCCAUCCCAGCCUGCUGUGUGCCUGGUAAACUCAAUAAAAGCCUAAAAGCCACCGAGGCCUCCAGGAUUCCUCCUUCUUCAUCUGUCUGCUUGGAUCAUAGACAUCCUGCUCUGUGCCUUACUGGCACUACAUCAUCUCAAACUAAAACUAACCACUAAACCAUAGUACCUACCAUCCUUCCUUAAUCCCCACCUGCUAGUAACCAGUAUUCUACUUUGUUUCUAUGAGUUUGACUAUUCUAGGUAUGUUAUGUAAGUGAAAUCAUACAAUAUUUGUCCUUUUUUUGGUUGGACAUUUCACUGAGCAUGUUUUCAAGGUUCAUCCACAAUGUACCUUGUCAGAAUUUCCUUCCUUUGUAAGGCUGGACAAUAUUCUAUUGUAUGUAUUCUUUUGAUCUAUAUCUUUUGAGUUAUUCUGGGAACAGCUAUGUUCUAAUGUUCCUUAGGAAAAACUGGCACAGUUUUCUGAAGUUCUUAACAUUGCCUGCAAGGGCUGGGUGAUGUGCUCUUGCCCACAUAGCCAAAGGCACUCCUCACAUUUCCCUCCCUAAACUGCAGCUAAGUCAAAUCCAGUUACCUGAAAAACAAUGUAGAUUCCUGCUUCUGUGUCUUUACACAGAGGCUUUAAAAUUACUUGUUUACAUGUGAGUUUGCAACUCUAGACAGUGAACUCUUUGAGGACAGGGAUAGGCAAGGACACCGAGCCCCUUGCAGAGGUUUUUGCUGAGCGAAUCAAUGAAUGGUCUAACUUUUAACAAUGAGGAAAAUGACCGAUUUCUUUAACUGCUAGUAGCACAAGGGAAAAAAAGCUAUAAAGUUAUAUUUUGAGAAACACCCUUUCUGAAAAAAGUUAUUAAAAUAAUGUCCUACAUACAAGUAUUUACAUCCUAUCAAAACACUACCACAGCAAAAAAAUGGCUGCCGCCAGUUUAGCCAAUCUUUGCAGAAGGGUCUUAGCUUCUCUGAAGAUUUCUAGGUCGUUAAUAAGCCUUCAAGUCCCCGGUGUCACAGGUUGCAGGUUUUCUCUUAGUUUGUUGCCUAAGAAUACAACUGAUGUCCCAUCUUUUAACCAGUGUAGAUUAAUUCAUACCACAUUGUCCAGGAAAGGACUGGAAGAAUUUUUUGAUGACCCAAAGAACUGGGGGCAAGAAAAUGUGAAAUCUGGAGCUUCAUGGACCUGUCAGCAAUUAAGGAACAAAAGAAAUGAAGAUUUACAUAAACUUUGGUAUGUGCUACUGAAAGAAAGGAACAUGCUCCUGACUCGGGAGCAGGAGGCCAAGAGGAAGAGUUUGCCAAUGCCAAGUCCAGAGAGGUUGGAAAAGGUAAUAGAUUCUAUGGCUGCAUGUAAAGUUGUUCAGGAAAAAGAAGAUACUGUAAGACUUCUUCAGACUGGUCAAGAAAAAUCUAGACCUGGGGGAAGAAUCAUAUGGCACAAGUUCAAACAGUGGUCUAUACCAUGUUACCUAAAUAAAAGAUACAAUAGGAAACAAUUUUUUGCGAUGCUCUAUGUGGACCAUUUUGUCAGACUGAAACUUGAGAAACAAAUGCGCAUCAAAACAAGAAAGAAAAGUUUAAAGAAAAAGAAAAAAAACUUUCUUCAGGAAAAGUUUCCACAUCUUUCUCAAGCUCAGAAGACAAGUCUUGCCUAAGCUGUGUGAAUUCUUCAUUGACCAUUUUUGGUUUUCGUUUUGAUAUCAGAUUAUUUACA